AACCCACCCCCCAAAUUAAGGGGCUUAUAAAUUUCACGUGGACCAUCCCAAAGCUGAUUAACCGGGAAUGUCGGAUCCUGGUUCUCGGAGCUGAGCACUGGGAAAAUCUCCUGCCUGGGAUAAUUGGGCCAUUAACGAAGGUGGCCCAAGCACUGGCCUGCCCUGACCCUGCUCCUAAACAAGGCUCUGAUUGUCACUCUGGCUUAAGCGGGAGGAAGAGGCGGGUGAAGGCUUUGCCAAAUAGCUGGGAUUUUGCUUAGGGACUGUUAAUUAGGCUCUGAUGCAAAAACUUUGUUAGUGGUGGCUGUCUGGGGCAUCCUCAUGCUGAUGCUGGGACAACGCUCGGCUGACCGGCAGCGUCACCGUGGCGUCCCCAAAAACAUCUUGUGCUGGCAUGCUGCCUGGGUGUCACGUGGAGCCCUCGGAGGGGACCCUGCAAAUCCAGAUAAAAACUCCCGCCCCACGCCAGAGGCAAAAUAAUCAUGGAAUACCCAAACAGUAUUUUCUUAACCCCAAACUAGUAUUUUUUUCCCUUAGCCCAUGUGGAUGCUAUAAAAAAAAAUGACUGCUCGCCUGAUGCUCGCUGUGGGAGGAGCGGUGCUGGGUUCUUUGCAGUUUGGCUACAACACUGGUGUCAUCAACGCCCCACAAAAGGUGAUUGAGGACUUCUACAACCGUACCUGGCUGUACCGAUAUGAUGAGCCCAUCAGCCCUGCCACCCUCACUACACUCUGGUCCCUCUCCGUCGCAAUCUUCUCUGUCGGAGGCAUGAUCGGAUCCUUUUCCGUGGGGCUCUUUGUCAAUCGCUUUGGACGGCGCAACUCCAUGCUGAUGUCCAACAUUCUCGCCUUCGUGUCAGCCGUCCUCAUGGGCUUCUCCAAGAUGGCUUUCUCCUUCGAGAUGCUCAUCCUUGGCCGCUUCAUCAUUGGCCUCUACUCUGGCCUCACCACCGGUUUUGUGCCCAUGUACGUGGGUGAGGUGUCCCCCACUGCACUGCGCGGCGCGUUGGGAACAUUCCACCAGCUUGGCAUCGUCUUGGGCAUCCUCAUCGCGCAGGUGUUCGGUUUGGACUUGAUCAUGGGAAACGACUCGCUCUGGCCACUGCUCCUGGGGUUCAUCUUCGUCCCUGCCCUGCUGCAGUGCAUCAUCUUGCCCUUCGCCCCUGAGAGCCCCCGCUUCCUCCUCAUCAACCGCAACGAGGAGAACAAAGCUAAGAGCGUCCUCAAGAAGCUGAGGGGCACGACGGACGUCAGCAGCGACCUCCAGGAGAUGAAGGAGGAGAGCCGGCAAAUGAUGAGGGAGAAGAAGGUCACCAUAAUGGAGCUCUUCCGUUCCCCCAUGUAUCGCCAGCCCAUCCUCAUCGCCAUCGUCCUGCAGCUGUCCCAGCAGCUCUCGGGAAUCAACGCGGUCUUCUACUACUCCACCAGCAUCUUUGAGAAGUCGGGUGUGGAGCAGCCCGUUUACGCCACCAUUGGCUCCGGCGUGGUCAAUACAGCUUUCACAGUCGUUUCGCUCUUCGUGGUGGAACGCGCUGGACGGAGGACGCUCCACCUCAUCGGCCUGGCAGGGAUGGCAGGGUGCGCGGUGCUCAUGACCAUCGCCCUGACGCUGCUGGACCAAAUGCCCUGGAUGUCCUACCUCAGCAUCGUGGCCAUCUUCGGCUUCGUGGCCUUCUUCGAGAUUGGUCCAGGCCCCAUCCCGUGGUUUAUUGUGGCCGAACUGUUCAGCCAGGGCCCUCGGCCCGCUGCCUUCGCUGUCGCCGGGCUCUCCAACUGGACCUCGAACUUCAUCGUGGGCAUGGGCUUCCAGUACAUCGCGCAACUCUGCGGCUCCUACGUCUUCAUCAUCUUCACGGUGCUGCUAGUCCUCUUCUUCAUCUUCACCUACUUCAAGGUGCCGGAGACAAAGGGUCGGACCUUCGACGAAAUCGCCUCGGGUUUCCGCCAGGGAGGAGCCAGCCAGAGCGACAAAACCCCGGACGAGUUUCACAGCUUGGGCGCCGACUCGCAGGUCUAACCCGCCGCGGCCUUGCAGCCGCCCACCUUCUCUCCUGAGUUUGGGGGUUAUUUUUUAAAACGCUUUGUACAGAAACCGGGAAGGAGGGAGCGGGGGGUCCGGCUCUUGCGCUUACACCCCUUUUCCAGACUCCCCCACUGGUUUAACGUGGACAGACUGACCUAUUUUAUUUUAUUUUAUUUUUUUCCUGCUAGGAAUGAUUUUGGUGGGUUUUGGUUUUAUUUUUUUAGCUGGUUUCGCGUCCAGGAUUUCAAAGCCAGUCGGCGUUUUAAAAACCAACCAUGCGGCCUCUGCCACGGGAGGGCGGUGCCCUUGUUUUUAAUGACGCGAUAGGUUAUUUAACGAGAAAUCACGUAGCGGAAGUUUUUAAAGCUGGAAACUUUUUUUUUUUAUAAGGUUCUAAUCUUAGAAAAAUCAUGUAAAUUGACUAAACCUAAACCAACGAUUUUUUUUUUUAAAAAGAAAAACAAGAAACGAGUUGUUUUUUAAAGCAGUCUAAUUGAUUUCAAGCCCCGGUGGGUUCGGGGAUGGGGAUUUCCUGGACGGAGCGUGCGGACCUGAGCGGGAAGGUCACUGUCCCGCCGCAGAGCGGCUCCGCUGGUGGCUUCUCAUCUCCGUCACCUGAAUUUCAGCCAGGAGGGGAGAAGAGGAGCGGGACCGUGAUUUUUCUUUCUGUUUCGGUUUUUUUGUUGGUUUAUUAUUUUUUUUUUGUGGUUUAAUCUCGGCAAUAUUUGCCCGACGGUGAAGCGCCGGCAGAGCCAACCGGCAGCCGCACACUACAGCACCCCCCUCCCUUGCUACUGCCCCCGCCCCCGGCUCCCCCAAAUCCAUCAGCACGCGGAUACAUCCAUGUCCUGCUCUGUGUAUAGACUGGAAGAUAUUUAUAUUAUAUAUAUUUUUGUUCAAUGGUUGUUAAUAGUAGACGUUUAAGUUAUAGUGUUUCUGAUUUGAUGAGCAAAGUACUGUAAAUAUUCUCGGAGUAUAUUCACACUGUAUAAUGUAUACAAAAAGGUACAGAUGCAAAGGUAUAGUUUCUAUAGCGACUAAGACAAAAAAAAAAAGCUUGUACAUGGUUAGGAUGACUUUUGUAUAGUUCAUUCCCUGCACUGUAGUUGUAUCUAUUGCACUGAAUUUCAAGCUGGAGUAUAUUAAAAAACAAAAGAAAAAGAGAAAUCCUGUCCUUUUCAAACAAAACUGAAGAAAAAGAGGAAAAAAACCCCACCCAAACAACAAAAAAAAGCAUUUCCCCGAGUGCAGCUGGUGUGGGAGCUCCUGGCACAUUCCCAAAGCCCCAGGCGGUGUUUUAUAGAUAGUUUUGGGUUUUUUUAAGAUUUUUUAUUUAUUUGUCUCUUUUGGAAGUGAUGACAUUUGACCACACUUAACAUAAAAGGUAGGUGGGGAAAAAAAAAUAAAUUACUAAAAAUUACAAAAAAAAGACCCUGGGAUAAACUUGCGGCGUCUGCGCAGCAUGGCACCCGCGCGCGUGUGUGUGUUUUUUAAAGCAAAUACAAUUUACUAAGUGCCAAGAGGACGGUGUGUGGUGUGCUAACAAUAAAGGAGAAUGGAUGCAGCGACCCUGC